AUCCGGAAGUAGAUUGUCUUGCAUUCGCACAUGGUAAAAAUGGCUGCGAAUGAGGAAAAACAACAAGGCCACAGACCCGGCGUUUACAAGCAAAAAAAUAAAGGACACAAACAUGGCAGACACAGGACGAAAGGUGAACUCGACAGAGAAAACAAAGGCAGAGUGCCAGUAACAACCCUUACUAAAAAACAGAGGAAGGAGCUGAAGAAGAUGGACAGAAGACAUAAAGCUAACCAGCUUCGGAGAACUAAGAAAGACCAGGUUCUGACAGAAAAGCGGCGACUCGGGAGCAGGGACGGUCCCCCUCACCUGGUGGCUGUGGUGUCCCUGCAUGCUAAUGCGGAUGCUGCAGCGGUUACAAAAUUGCUACGGGGAGAAGACGCCGGGGGUGUGGUGCACCAAGAGGAAUGCAUCAGCGGUGUCCGUGACAGCUUUGGACUGAUUCUGCCUCGUUUCAAACAGAGGUUCACGUUUUUCAACCAGAGCACAGCUGACAUGCACUCCCUGCUGGAUGUUGCAAAGGUUGCAGACAGCCUCCUGUUUGUCCUGGACUCAGCUGAAGGUUGGGACAAUUAUGGAGAUCAUUGUCUCUCCUGCCUCUUUGCUCAGGGCCUCCCCAGCCAUGCUCUGGUGUGUCAAGGUUUUUCUGACAUUACUGUGAAGAAGAGGGUCGAUUUCAGAAAAGCUCUGUCAAAGAUCACGGAAGUCCGGUUCCCGGAUACCCGUCUCUUCCCGCUGGACUCAGAUCAAGAUGCCACUCUUCUCCUCAGACACCUAGGAAGUCAGAGGCAAAGAAAGCUGGGUUUCCGUUCUAGACGGUCCCAUCUUUUGGCUCAGCACGUCACCUUUACAGCGAACAGCCCCGUGGAGGGGACUGGCGGUGGGCUGACUGACCUGGGAACCCUCUGUGUAUCUGGGUAUGUCCGUGGCCGUGCUCUCCAUGCUGACAGACUGGUGCACAUCAGUGGGCAUGGAGACUUUCAGCUGAGUCAAAUCGAUGCUCCACCAGACCCUCUGCCCCUCAACCUGACAAGACCAACAAAACCUGGAAAAGGAAGAGAUGUUGAGAUGCAGGUUGGAGAUGAAAAUGAGGCCCCGGUGCGGGUGUUGAUGAAAGCGGACCUGUCCAACCGGGAGAGUCUGCGGGCGGAGGCUGAGGUAGACCCCAUGGAUGGAGAGCAGACUUGGCCGACAGAACAGGAGCUGUUGGAAGCUGAAGAGGCCAGCAAGAUCAAGCAUGUGAUGAAAGUUCCAAAGGGAACAUCGGACUACCAGGCCACAUGGAUCGUCGAUGAAGAGGAGAAUGGUGAGACAGAGGAAGAAAGCAGUGAUGAUGAUGACCUAAUGGAUGAAGCUAUGGAUGGAGAGGAUGAGGAGAAUAACUCUCAGGAGGCCGGUUCCCAUUAUGCUUCAGAGGAGGAGGAUGAUGUAGAGGAGGAAGAGGAGAUGUGCUCCACAGAGAGAGCUGGAGCAGAUCAGCGGUACGAUGACAACGUGGAUGAAGCAGCAGAAGAAGAGGGCCUGAAACGCUACUGGGAGGCUCGAUCCCAUGAGAUGUUUCCUGAUGAGGUGGACACGCCCCUAGAUACUCCAGCAAGGAUCAGAUUCCAGCGUUUCAGAGGCCUGAAAAGUUUCCGCUCCUCACCAUGGGACCCCAUGGAGAACCUGCCUCUUGAUUAUUCACGUAUAUUCCAAUUCCAGAGUUUUGAACGCACUCGCCGUAGAAUCCUGGCAGAGGCCGCAGCCGAUGAGGAUGGAGCCAUGGACGGCUGGUACGUCACACUGCACAUCAUUGAUGUUCCUUUCUCUGUGAUGGCGAGCGUCCAGUCUGGCAAGCCCCUGGUGCUGGUGUCUCUGUUGCCACACGAGCAGAAGAUGUCAGUGAUGCAUCUCUUGGUGCAAAGACACCCCAGCAACACGGAGCCAAUCAAAUCCAAGGAGGAACUGGUGUUUCACUGUGGAUUUCGAAGGUUUCGGGCCUCUCCUAUAUUCUCUCAGCAUACUACAGCUGACAAGCAUAAGAUGGAGCGCUUCCUCAGGCCGGAUGCCCCUACUGUGGUGUCAGUGUAUGCCCCCAUCACCUUCCCCCCUACAGGAGUGCUGCUCUUUAAAGAAAGAAACGACGGCGUCCAGGAUCUGGUGGCUACAGGGAGUCUGCUCAGUUGCAACCCUCAGCGGGUCGUCCUGAAGAGGAUCGUGCUGAGUGGACACCCGUUCAAAAUCAACAGGCGUUCGGCUGUUGUACGGUACAUGUUCUUUAACAGAGAGGACAUCAUGUGGUUUAAACCAGUAGAGCUGCGGACAAAAUGGGGCAGGAGAGGCCACAUUAAGGAGGCUUUAGGAACUCAUGGUCACAUGAAGUGCGUAUUUGAUAAUCAGCUUCGCUCCCAAGACACCGUCCUAAUGAAUUUGUACAAGAGAGUGUAUCCUCGCUGGACGUAUGACCCGUAUGUGCCCCCACAAUUACCUUGGUUCAAGAAAGAGGUUACUGUUGAAAUGGAUGACUUGGACAUGGAGUAGAAGAAGAAUAAACCUGCUUACGAGAGACGGAUGAUUAUGAAAUGUUAAAAAAGUAAAAACUUAUUAAAUAAACUAAGUAUCUUGCAAA